CUAAUUCUCAUUUACUGCAGGUGUUGGGUCCAGAGUUUAAAAAUCAAAUCAAUGUCAAAAGGGUGGAAAAAAUCCUCAAUCUUUAAUUACUAAACACAAUUUGUUUAUAGUUUAAAUGUUAAAUUAUUGUAUGUUUUAUGAAUUUUUUUAAAUAGCUGGAAGAGCUGGAUCAAUGGAUACUUGAAAUCGCAAGUCUUUAAGUACAUGUUGAAAUGCAAGGCUAACAUAAAAUACAAGUCUGUGCUUAAUCAUAUAAGAUAUGGAUUCUGCUAACAUACAGGAGUUACAGGCAGAUCUAGUUAGUGAUGAAUAUAUCCUGUUAGUGGAUCAUUACCCGGAAUUAAACAUCAAACCAGAGGCAGUCCAACUGGUAAAUGAAACACUUCAAUUUGUACAGACAUCUGAACAGGCAGAAACAAUUGAUACCACUGAAGAUGAUAACAAAUGCUCUGAUCAGAAACAAAGAUACAGUGAGGAUGAAAUGAUGGAGACAAAUAAGAUAUUGCAUCAGGAAUUUCAAAACAAAGUUAUGCAGAAUUCUGAAACUUAUCAGAAGAUGCUUGAAGAAAGACAAAGAUUACCAACUUGGGAAAUGAAGGACCACAUUACAGCAGCUGUGAAUAGGCACAAAGUAAUUAUAGUCAGUGGUGUGACUGGCUGUGGUAAAACUACCCAGGUACCUCAAUUUAUUUUGGAUGAGGCCUUGAGCAGUGAUAGUUUUAACGCUAAUAUAAUUUGUACUCAGCCACGCAGAAUCGCCGCUACAUCCAUAGCAGAAAGAGUGGCUGCAGAGCGGGAUGAAGUUCUCGGGAGAAUUGUGGGAUAUCAGAUUCGACUUGAAGGCGACAUGUCGCACUUAACUAGGUUACUGUUCUGUACUACAGGUAUUGUGUUGCGUCGACUUGAAGGUGACCCAAACCUGGAAGGAGUCACUCAUAUUAUUGUAGAUGAAGUACAUGAACGCUCAGAACAGAGUGAUUUCUUAAUACUGGUAUUAAAGAGACUGCUGGUACGGCGACCUGAAUUAAGAGUGAUUUUAAUGAGUGCCACAAUAAAUGCCAAACUUUUCUCUAACUAUUUUGACAACUGUCCAGUUAUAAACAUACCAGGUGGAAUAUUUCCUGUCAAACAGUUUUUCUUGGAGGAUGUGAUAGAAAAAACUAGAUUUAAUUAUGAAGAUAAGACUUUGGAACAUUGUAGUGAGCAAAUAGCUUCUGACGAAAUACCUGACUCCAAAUUAUCAAAAUAUCAGUUGCAACUGAGAUAUCCAGGUUACAGUUUCUCCACAAUCAACACUUUAGAUAAGAUGAAGUUUGAAAAACUCGAUUUUAAUUUAAUUGCACAUUUGUUGGAGUGGAUAGUUACAACUCAGCAUGAUGAGUUACCACUAGAUGGCGCCAUUUUAGUGUUUCUACCAGGCUAUGAGGAAAUUGAAAAUACCUAUAGCAAGCUUUUAGAUACAGAAGAAUUCAAAGAAAACAAGGACAAAUACAUCAUCAUACCUCUACAUUCUUCCUUUUCAUCAGAUGAACAAAGAUCUGUGUUUCAUAAAGCUAAACCAGGGAUCAGAAAAAUUGUCCUGUCCACCAAUAUUGCUGAGACGUCCAUUACCAUUGAUGAUGUUGUUUAUGUGGUGGAUGUGGGACGUAUGAAAGAGAUGAGCUACAAUCACAGCAGAAGAAUGAAAUCCCUGGAUUUAAUCUGGGUGUCCAGGACCAAUGCAGAGCAAAGGAAAGGAAGAGCAGGAAGAGUCCAGGAAGGAGUUUGUUUUCAUCUGUUCACAUCACACAUGUACAAACACAUUCUCAGACCACAUCCUGUGCCAGAAAUACAAAGAAACAGUUUGGAACAAGUUGUACUCCGAAUUAAAAUGUUAUCUGUCUUUAGAGGGGAAGAUAUUGAGCUUAUACUUCAAGAACUAAUUGACCCUCCUUUGGUCGAGAGGAUUCAUGGUGCAGUUCAAAGUUUAAAAGAAAUAGGGGCGCUAGACAGUCAAAUGGAACUGACAGCUUUAGGAUAUCAUUUGGGCUCUAUCCCAGUGGAUGUCAGAAUAGGCAAGCUGAUUUUAUAUGGCACCAUAUUCAGGUGUUUGGAUGCUACAUUAACCAUGGCUGCCAUAUUAAGCUACAAAUCACCAUUCGUGAACCCUUUUAAAAAAAGGCAUGAGGCAAAGAAAAUGAAGUUAAUUCUUUCUGAGCACAGUUCUGAUAUUCAUACAAUGCUGAGAGCCUACAAGGAAUGGUGGCAAGCAAGAGAUGAAGGGAGAGCAGCAGCAUUUAGUUUUUGUAAAAAAUAUUUUUUAUCAUCUAAACAUUUAGAGAUGAUUUGUGCUUUGAAACAACAGUAUGUGGAGAUACUAUCUAGUAUAGGCUUCAUUAGAAAAGGAAUCAAGCUUAAAGAUGUCCAGACAUCUGCAACAUACAGUUCUGAUGGUGUUGCUUUAAUAACUGGCAAAAAGGUGAACCUGAACAAUGAGAAUAAUGAACUUCUUUCAGCCAUGUUGGUUGUGGCCCUUUAUCCUAAUAUGGCACAUGGUGAAAUUGCAAUCUUUGAGAUAGAUAGCCAUCUCACCAUACAGUCUAAUGAUAUAGUGAACAUACACCCCAGCUCUGUAAACUCUGAAAUUGUAUUUGAAAUUGGAUCCUUUCUAGUUUACCAUGAAAAGGUCAGAACUAGUAAGGUUUACAUUCGAGAAUGUUCACUGGUGUCCCAGCUCUCAGUUCUGAUGUUUGCAGGCGGAUGUAUUGAAGUUGAUGUCAGCAAGGACCCUCCACUCAUCAGCAUUGAUGAUUUGAUCCAUUACAAGACCACUCAAUUAGAGGUUGCCUUAUCACUAAAAGCUCUGAGGUCUGAGUUGAACCAGCUUUUAUCUGAUGAAAUCAAAGAACCCUAUAAAAACCUGAUGUCAUCUCCAAAGGGCAAUGCUGUCAUUGCUUGCGUUGCUCAACUUUUGAGUGAUUCAACAAUUCCUGGCGUAUGUAAUUUCUUUGCAUAUAUCGAGCUGAUGGGCAUGAUGGACACAGAAGAUGAAGAGCAACAGCCCCAACUCUCUAUUUAAUUAUUGAAUGUGUCAAAUAAUGCUCCAGCUACAAAACCCUUUUUUGCUGAUGACCAAGCUUUACGUGGUCUAUUUGUUAUCUGCAAUGAAUCCAGAUAACUAUCAAAUUCAAUGCUUAUUAUUGAUGAAUGUCUCUUUUCUUCUUUGACAUUUUCCAUUUUUAUCAGGCCUUCCAUUUUCAUCAGACCUUCCACAUUCAUCAGACCUUCUAUAUUCAUCAGACCUUCUAUAUUCAUCAGACCUUCUAUAUUCAUCAGACCUUCCACAUUCAUCAGACCUUCUAUAUUCAUCAGACCUUCCACAUUCAUCAGACCUUCUAUAUUCAUCAGACCUUCUAUAUUCAACAGACCUUCUAUAUUCAUCAGACCUUCCACAUUCAUCAGACCUUCUAUAUUCAUCAGACCUUCCAUAUUCAUCAGACCUUCCAUAUUCAUCAGACCUUCUAUAUUCAUCGGACCUUCUAUAUUCAUCAGACCUUCCAUUUUCAUCAGACCUUCUAUAUUCAUCAGACCUUCCAUUUUCAUCAGACCUUCUAUAUUCAUCAGACCUUCUAUAUUCAUCCCUCUUGGCAAAUGAAACUGCCAAACUUGAUCUUGAAAAAAAAAAAAGUACUCAACAGACCUUACAACUCUAACAGUUGUAAAAUUAGCUCCCUUAUUUAUUACUCUUCUGUGAGCAUGGCAAUCAAAGACAAAAAUGAGCAUUGGAUAGUUUGCUUUUUGAAUGAGUUCUGAUGAACCAUACGCAAGGCUAGGGAAACCAUAAUCUGUUAACAAAUAAAAUAUGAAAAUAGCUCUAUACAAUUUUAUCUUGGAUAUCAUUUUGUUUCUUUUUUUUUCCCUUACUUUAAAAAUGUCAUUAUGCUUCGCAACACAUCAACACUUGUUUAAUUCAGAGUUAAUAUUUUUGUUAUUAGAAUUUGAUUUUUUUAACUGACUUAGAUAAUAAAUUCCUGUAUUCUAUGUUAAAAAUUAAUACUAGUAUGGUAUAGGGAGUUUCUGAAGUGAAUUCUCUACAGUUUACAAUGUAGAGUCAUUGCUGUGGUACGUUGGCUACCUUGUCAUGAGAUAUACACUUUGGACUGCCAAAUUGAUGGUCCCAAGUUUGAACUCUCCCUGCAGGUAACAGUCUUCAUGUCUAAAGGGAUGGCUGAAGUUUAUAGUACAAACAAAAAGGUGCAAGUAGUUAGUAAUUUUCUUGCUCCUAGUUUAUUUGGGAAUUCACACUUACCUGGUGAUUCUCUACUAGUCUAACUAAUCUCUGUGAUCAUGCCCUUGAUGAAGAAAAGGUGUCAAUUUCUAUUAUAACUUUUGUUAAUUCUAGGCCUACAUCAGUUUAUUAUUAAUUAAAAAUAUUUUGUUAAACAUUUACAAUUUAUUUUAAUGUAUAAAUAUAUGCUGUUUUAUCAUUUACAUGACAGGAAUGUCUUGUAAAACAUGGAGAUGGUUUUCUAACUGCUGGUUGUUCAAUAUUGAAUUUGUUUCAUAGAUUCAUAUCUAGUCAUUUAUGUGAGUAUUUCAAUGUAUAAAACCUUUUCUUGUAAAUGAAUUAUUGUUUACACUGUUGAUAUCAUGAUACAUGUCUGAUUACAUAUCAAGCAGUGAUGAGUGUUUUAAUAGAAUUUUUGAAAUUCUAAAUAUUUUGUUGUUUUUUUUUAGUAAUUUGAGAGGACUGUUGGCACACCACUAUUUAAUUAAUUUAGAAUCUAAGUGCAAAUAGAAGAAAAGCUGUUGAAGUUCUCCAUCUAAUGUAAAAAAAAAAGUUGUUCCCCUUGCAUGCAUUUUUUAUUUGCAAAAGUUGUCAAAUACUGUUUUUUGUUGCAUUAUUGUAAAAAAUGUAUAAGUCAGUAUAACUAAAUUCUAAACUUUAUUUUUAAGCAUGCAGUGGCUUAUUUGGAUCAUAAACAGUGUUGGACUGAAGCAAAAUUAUUUUCAAAUCUUUCAGUUAUUUUUUUCUACAGUGUCAUCUUUACAUACUUGAAAAAAUUUGUAGAUGUCUUGAGCUUGUUCACCAAUCAGGUGUAAUAAUGAAGCUUUUUUCACAGGCUCAGGCUUCGUAUUCUUUUCAGUGAGAACAAAAUCUAAUAAAAUACUCAGAAAGUCACAAAGAAAAAGGAACAUUACUCGUUCCAUAUGCUAGGACAAAUUUGUACAAAUACUCCAUCUUCCCUAGUGCUAUUAGAGCAUGGAAUGGGUUGCCUGAGCCAGCCAGGUAAACCAAUGACUUGGGAUAAGUCAUUGGUUAAUAUGCAUGACUAGAUGCAUGAUGCGUAAGACAUAAUCCGUCUUCUUUUUUGAAGUAAUGUCUGUAUUCUAUAAGAAGAAGAAGAAACCCUAAACAUUUCAGAACUUUGUCUCCUCCUUUUCCAUCUCACAGACAGAUUUAGUGGCAACUGUUUAGGAGAGUCAAAUUAUUCGUAUAGAUCUAGAGUCUAUAACAAACCUAAUACUGAAUUACUGCCCCAUCUGAUUUCAAAUAAUUAUCUAAAUUUACAUUAAACAAUUUAAAAACCACAAUAUGACACCACGUUCUGUUACUACUACUUACUACAUAGAAAUAAAUUAAUGUAGACUAAUAAAGACAAUUAAUUAAUAGAGAUUUCGUCUUUAAUAAGAGUAAACAUUAAAAACUCUUAUUAUGACGUCACAUCCUUUCAAGUACUUUUCACAAAACAUCGGCAACAAAUAAUGAUGCAGCAUAAAUAUAUGAGCACAAACAUGCUUAAGAUUGCCUGUAUUAGUUUCUGUUCCCAUCACUGGUCCAGUCAUUUUAAGUUUGUAUAGGUAUAAAGCCUUAGAUAAUCUAGAUCUAAACUCAUCUUGUUAACAAGAAACCACUCAAUACCUAAAUGACAGUCUACUUAAAUUUAGUUUAUUAUAUAAUGAUAAUCAAACUUCUGAAAUUAGGUGUCAUGGGUUCAAAUCUCAGUGAAGACUGGGAUUUCGAACUUCUAGAUUUUUAGGACGUCUCUGAGUCCUCCCAACUCUAAUGAGUACCAUUUGUAAGCCUCCAUGCACUAAGGCCCCGUACUGGGAUUAAUCCCUUACAACACGGUCCAGGUAUCUGGCAGUGUUCUUUAGGGUCUCUGUCUCCGUACAGAGCGAGACCCCCGCAUGCACCACUUCUGUUUCAAGACUAGUCAUAUCGAAAGCUAUUCUGAGCACCCUGCACUCGCAGAGGAUGUGUUCAACGGUUUCGUCUUCCACAUGGCAGUAUCGACAUCUGGGAUCGUGAUUCUCUCGGAUCCUAGCAAAUAGGCUCCUAUCGGACAGUGUCCAGUGCGGAAUCGUGCCAAGAUUGCUUGCUCCUUUCUGUCUAGCUGCCACCACUCGUCAUUUUUGUUUAGGCGUUUGAGAACUCUCCAGACUUCCUGUCCCGUGCUACAAAAGUCCCAGCUGUUGUACCAUUUGGAUUUGAUCCAUUCACAAAUCCUCGCUUUUGCACUUUCGUAUGUUUGUGGCUCCUCUGGUGGGUCUAAAGGCGUUCCUAGCUUCGCCAAACUGUUGGCCCUCUCAUUUCCUUUGAUUCCACAAUGCGAUGGAACCCAUUGCAUCACCAUACGGACCUGAUAGUUCCUCUUGAGGCGCUCCACGCACUCCAUAGUUUUUGCCAAUUGUGUAGGCCAUAUCUCUGGGCUCUCGAGAGCUUGCAGGCAGUGAGUCUGUAAAGAGAGUUACAUUGGCCGGUGUCGCAGUUCCUUCCUCAAUACGUCUUUCAGUAUGCUCCAAGGCAUUCUUGAUUCCUUUUAUUUCCGCAAUGUAGUUGCUUUCUCCUGCACAUGGGCCUACUAGUUCGUCGUUUGCUGUUGCACUGGGGAACUGACAUUUGUUGGGUAAAGUAAGGGCGGUUGGUCGUCAUGCUGAUCACAUGACACCCUCAUUAUCUGUCAGACAUAGAAACAGAUGACCUUUACAUCAUCUGUCUUCAUAGAUUUUAAGGUCUGAAAGUGGUGCUUUUACUUUUUGCAAUCAAUUUAUAACAUAAAACUGCUAAAAAAAAAUAUUAUUUUACUGAUACAUUAUUAUUUUGUAGUCCAGAUAAAGGAAAUAAUGACUUGUUUUUAAUCUGUGUCAUAUUUUUUAAAUUGGUUUUGUAUAGUGUAUCUUUCAUGCUCUAGUGUGUUCAGUGGGUUAGGGUCCUAUUUCUUUUGUGGUCAUGUGGUGGAGGGAGAAUAUUUAUUUAUAUUUAUAUCUCUUUGCUUUUGUCAUUUAUGAUUUUAAACUAUAAAAGAAACAAUUUUGAAUGUAUACUGUGUAUAACUUAUUUUAAGUUCUAUUGUAAUGUUUCAUAUGUUGAUCAAGUAUAUUGAUAUGUUAUGACCAUAAUUGAUUAAUUUUCUGGAUUAAAUGUUUGUUGCGUAAUAUUACAAUAACCAGCAGGACAUUUUCCUUAAGAAUAUUUUUUUUUACAAAAUUUGAAUCUAGUCAUCUAGAAUAUUAUAAGAAUAUCCCAUGUUUGAAUCCUGCUCACUGCUAACCCCCAUCGUCUUGCGGGAGUUUUGGGUCUUGGAUGUAAUUAUCUGAAGGAACACCUGAAACAUGUAAAACAAUUAUAGGGAGAUUUAGGUAACUUAGUGAAUAUUUAGUCAAACUGAUUCAUUGUUGCCAAACUUAAAUCAGCUCACUCUGUCUACUCUUUAUUUUUUCCACUUCCAGUCUCGGAUCAAGUUCAAACUUUGCACAAUUAUUCACUAGCAUUGACAGCACAAUUAUUCACUGGCAUAUUCACUGGCAUUGACAGCACAAUUAUUCACUGGCAUUGACAGCACAAUUAUUCACUGGCAUUGACAAGACAUGAAUCAAUAAAAAAAUAUGUAGCAAUUAGUCAAUUAAUUACUGGUAAUUAAUUAUUUUAGUAUGAAACCAAACGGGAAGAGUAAUCCUUCAGUAUUCACACACAUAUGGCUUAUUAGGUAGGGUAUGGUCUCCCUAGAUAGUUUUACAAAUGAUUUCUUCCACAACCGUUCUUGGAUCAAUUUGAAACAUUAAACAAUUAUUUAUUGUAUUGUACCUAACAAAAUAUGAAUCAAUAAAAAAAAUUAUCAAUUAGUUUAUCAAUUAUUAGUCAUUAAUUAUUUUGUUUGAUAUUGAAUAAGGGAAAUAUCAUUUACAUCAUUGAUGAUAUAGGUGUAAGUGUGGAGUUCUUCUCUUAGAUAACCUAUUUUUUUUAAACAUAAAUAAAAGGAUUUAUUAUAUUUUGCUUGUUUUAAUAAAUAUAUUUGAUCUUAAUUAACAUUUAAAAAAUAUUAUACAUAUG